AUGUCUUUCACUCUCAAGGUUCCAGCGUCAAGCGCCAACAUCGGCCCGGGCUUUGAUGUUUUGGGUAUCGGCUUGAACCUUUUUUUGGAAAUCCACGUUUCGGUCGACCCGAACGUAGACACAUCAGCAGACAAGUACAACGCCAAACUCAGCUACGAGGGCGACGGGGCUAGCGGGGUGCCCUUGCAAAGCGAAAAAAACUUGGUUACUCAGACCGCCUUGUACAUUAUGCGCUGCAACAAAGUGGACAAGUUCCCAUUGGGAACACACAUCCAUGUGGUCAAUCCGAUCCCAUUGGGCCGGGGCUUGGGUUCUUCGGGCGCUGCCAUUGUGGGCGGAAUAAUGUUGGGCAACGAGAUUGCCGGGCUCGGCCUUUCCAAGGAGCGCAUGCUCGACUAUGCUUUGCUCAUAGAAAGACAUCCAGAUAACAUUGCCGCGGCGAUGUUGGGAGGAUUCGUGGGCUCGUACUUGAGUGAAAUGAGCGCCGAAGACACAGAGGCGAAGAACGUGCCGCUCGAAAACAUCUUGCCCAAGGAAAGCACGCCCAGCGAGCAAGUCGAAAAACGGCCGCCGCCAAACGCCAUUGGCCAGUACUUGAAGUACAACUGGAACCAUCAGAUCCGCUGCGUCACCAUAAUACCACAGUUUGAGUUGAAAACAGACGAUGCCCGCGCCGUGCUUCCUGACCUGUACUCCAAGGCUGACAUUGUGUUCAACUUGCAGCGGUUGUCCAUCUUAACCACGGCCUUGACGCUUGAAAAGCCAAACCACCGCAUGAUCUACGAGGCCAUGAAGGACAAGAUCCACCAGCCUUACAGAGCACAGUUGAUUCCGGGGCUCGAGAGAGUUUUGAGCGAAGUGACUCCAGACUCGAACCCAGGCUUGUGCGGCAUUUGCUUGUCUGGUGCUGGGCCCACCAUUUUGUGUUUGGCCACGGAAAACUUUGAUGACAUUGCGCAAAAGGUGGUGGGCAUUUUCAAGGAAAACGGUGUGGUGUGCGACUGGAAGCUUUUAGACUUGGCUUAUGACGGUGCCACUGUCAGCAGGUAA